AUGUUCUCCACCGCAAGUUUACUGACGAUCGUAUCCGCCGCGGCGCUGUUCUUCAGCUUGAGCGAAGGUGUACUCGCGACGCCGGUCCGCCGCGCUCAGUGCGCGGCUACGCUGAACGAGGCGAAGGUUAUAGCGGAUCGCCUGCAGUCGCACUGGUUCAACACGGCUACGGGGCAGUACACCGACGGGGAGCUCUGGACGGACUGCAAUGCGCUGGAGGACCUGCACAACCUGAUGCUCGCGGCGGGGUCCGACGACUACGGAUCCGUCGCGGACGAGUCGUGGAUCGGGAAGGCCGCGCUGAACCCGAACGAGGACUGGAAUGCCUUCCUCGGAGGGAGCUGGGACGACUCCCAGUGGCUGAUCCUCGCGCUGUGGAAGAUUGCGGAUUACAAGAACGCAAGGGGGCAGGAUGCCAGUGCGUAUUUGUCCAGCGCCGCGAAGGUGUACGAUAUCGUGGCGGCGCAGUGGGACGAUACGGUGUGCGGCGGCGGAGUGUGGUGGUCCAGCGCGAAUACGUACAAGAAUGCGAUUACGAACGAGCUGUUCCUCCUCACAUCGGCGUCGGGCUAUCUGCGCACGGGGAACCAGACGUACUUGGAUAAUGCGAACAAGGAGUGGAAUUGGUUGAGCAACAGCGGGAUGCGCAACUCGGACGGGCUGUUCAACGACGGCCUCGACUCGAGUACGUGCCAGAAUAACGGGCAGACGACGUGGACUUAUAACCAGGCUGUAGUCGCGUCCGGCCUGGGCGCACUCGGGGUGGCGAACAAGGACACGUCGCUGUUCGACGAGGCGGAGAUCAGCCUCGACGCGAGCAUGAGCCACCUGACUGUGAAUGGCAUCCUCAAGGAGUCGUGCGACGACCCUGUGUCGUCGAGCUGCGACCACAACCAGCAAAUAUUCAAGGGCAUCUGGACGAAACACGUGCAGUACUACCUGGACCAGGCGAACGACGCGGCGCGCACGGCGAAGUACAGCGCGUUCCUCGGGGCGCAGUACAGCGCGAUUUACCAUUAUGGGAAGAAUGCGGAUAACGAUGUGGGGAAUGUGUGGUAUGCGCCGAGCCAGGGCGGGAGCAUAUUUAGCCCCGAGGCGAGCGCGAGCGGGUUGGCGGGGAUUGUGGCGGACGCGAAGUAUGGUCCGUGUUGA